UAAAGGAAGUGCCUGUGUAGAAAACAAAGUGUUGAGGCAGGGUUUCGAGGAUUAAGCACAAAAUAGUACAAAUAAGCGUUUUCUUUAUAUUACUUUUUAUAGCAAUCUUUUCUUGUACUUAGGGUGAAACUGAGUAGAAGACCCUUUUCGAAAGAAUCAAGAAUUCUAGAAUCACCACAGUAGAAUCACCACUAUUAUAUUUUAAAUAUUUGUUUAUAGUUAAAAAUUAAACACAGGUAUCUAAGAGAGGAUUUGAGACCAAAAAUCUGUUCUGGGUGUGCAGUUUUUCUUCAUCAUGACACAAGGAUCAGUUCUUUUGUUUAUAUUAUACCUGUCACAUCAUGUUUUUGCACAAGGGCAAAAUAGUUACUUGAUAGAGGAAUGUUUGGAGAACAAUUACACAGAGCAAUCUUGUGAAAAGGUUUUUUGUCAGCCUUGGCAGACGUGUAUAGAAGGAACUUGUCACUGUAAAAUACCUUACCAGUGCCCCAGAAAUGGCACUUUAGUUUGUUCCACUACCAGAAGGAGCUUCCAAACUUACUGUCAGCUAAAAAGUUAUGAAUGUCGCCAAAGAUCGAGCAAAUUUUUGAGCAGAGGCUUGUGUAACCGUGAAGCUCGCUUUAAUGUUCUCUUCAGUCAUAAAAAUGCAAGCUCGGAAGGAAUUAUUCAAGUUGAACUGAGCAACUCAGAGAAAUCAUUCUUAUGUGAGAAAGGAUUAACCAUCCAUGAAGCAAACGUGAUCUGCAAACAUCUUGGUUUUGCUGAAGGAGCUGAUGGCAAAGAAUCUGUUGAGCCAGAUGAAGACCAGAAUUCACAUGAAUGCCUUAAAGCAACUUGUAGAGGGACAGAGACGAGUCUAGCUGAGUGUGGUUUAAAGAAAAUGCGUUUGACCAUUGGGAAGUUGGCUAAGGUGAUAUGCCAUACAGAACAAAGAGACUGUAGCCCCAGAGAAUUCCGCUGUGUCAAUGGGAAAUGUAUCUCUUCAACUAAAACAUGUGAUGGACUUAAUGACUGUGGUGAUUUAAGUGAUGAAUUAUGUUGCAAAGCCUGCAAAAGGAAAACUUUCCAUUGUAACUCAGAUGUGUGUAUUCCAAGCAGCUCUGUAUGUAAUAAUGAAUUGGACUGCCUAACAGGAGAAGAUGAACUCAAUUGUAAUAAAACUGGAAGAAGUAAAAAAGGAGACUCAAAUCAAGUUAUAGAGUCCGUGGAUGAAGAAAGAAAAAGGACAAAGACUUUAUUGCCUGUAAUAUCCUGUGGCAUUACAAAUCACACAGUUACUCGUCGGAAGAGAGUCAUAGGUGGAUUUACUGCAAAACCGCAUGACUUUCCCUGGCAAGUGGCCAUUAGAGGCGAAGGGCAAACAAUGAACUGUGGUGGGGUGUACAUUGGAGGCUGUUGGAUUUUGACCGCUGCACACUGCGUUCGGAGGAGCCGUCUCCAUGUUUAUAAGAUUUGGACUGGGGUAGUAGACUCAAUAAAGUUCAAUAGCAGGGUAGAAACAUUUUCUUUAAAGGACAUGAUAAUACAUGAACACUAUAAUUCCAAAACAUAUCAAAAUGAUAUUGCCUUGCUGGAGAUGAAAACGAAAAAUGAGGGGACUCCAUGUUCUCCACCUGAUACCGUGCCAGUGUGCAUUCCCUGGUCACAAUAUAUGUUCGGAGGUGGUCAUCAGUGUAAAGUUUCUGGCUGGGGACUUGAUGAAGGAUCCACAAGACAAUAUAUUCUUAAAUGGGGUUAUGUUACUCUAAUGGAUAACUGUUCAGAAAUCUACAAGAAUCGGUAUUUCAAAGGAAUGGAAUGUGCCGGUACUGAUGAUGGUUCUGUAGAUGCCUGUAAAGGUGAUUCAGGAGGACCUUUGGUUUGUUUUGACCAUAACAAUGUGGGAUAUCUUUGGGGUGAAUAACAAUAGUUUCUAUACAAUUUGAAAUUUUGUUUUGUCUUAUUGUUUGUGCCUUUGAGUCAGUCUUCUCCUGGCAGCUGCCUGAUCCCUCCACUUUUGGUAAGAUUUCAGAAAUGGUUUGCCAUUGCCUCCUUCCUAGGGGCUAAAGAAGAGUUGACUGGUCCCAGGAAAGCCAGAUGGCUUUGUGUCUAAGGCAGUUUGGAGCCUGAUGCUUUAACCACUAUACUAAAUUGGAAAUGAUAGAAUUAUUUGAAACAUCUUCCUAAGUAGAUAUAUAUAUAUAUAUAAGUAUAUUUUAAGCCUGUGAAAAUCUCUAGUAAAAGCAUACUUCAAUAUGGAUUAUGCCCUAGAAGAAGAGCUCUAGUGACUUGUAAAAUUUUACAUUUAUGGCUUUAAAACCUUGCUGCUUUUUAGAAACAUCUGCUCUGUUUUGAUGUAUUCACUUUGUAUAUUCAAAUAAAAAAUGAUGCAUGCAACAAGCAA